AACUUCAGGAUACAAUAGGUUGCCAUUCCUGUGCGUUCGUUGUCGUUCGUUGGGACAGCAAGCCUAUACCAUAGCGUUUCUGCGGUCCUCGUCGGACGCUUGAUUGAUUGUAAGCGGUCGCAACUUCAUCGAGUUUGAUUAUUCAACUUCCAAUGGAUUCCUACGGUGAUAACAUGCGUGAGGCAGGUGGACCCCGCUACGGUGGCGGAGGUGGUGGCGGUGGCGGUGGAGGUUAUCAAUCUCGCGACCAGCAGAACCAGAAUCGUAUCUUCGUGGGUGGAAUCAACGAGAGCAUCCAGAAGGAAGAUCUGGAGAGCGUUUUCUCAAAAUACGGACGCCUCACCAAUGUCUGGGUAGCCCAGAAUCCUCCGGGUUUUGCGUUCGUUGAUUUUGACGACAAUCAAAACGCAUCGGACGCCGUAGCCCAAAUGGACGGUCAGGAGCUCAACGGCAUGACUCUGAAAGUCGCACCGUAUCGUGGACGUCGCAACAACCGCGGCCGUGGAGGUUUCCGUGGCGGUGGCGGCGGCGGCGACGGUGGACAUCAAGGUGGCGGCUACGGCGGAGGAUACGGAGGCCAGCAGGGAGGUUACGCACCUCACGGUGGCUACGGGGGAGACAGUGGCUACUGAGCUAUCGGAGCCAGGGUUGGUGGUUUUCGAUAGCAGCGACUGAGACACUGAGUUGUUCCAGAGAGCGACUGAGUUGUUGCAGUUCGCGCCUCACCCCACAGCGAUUAAAAGAAGAAGAAGAAGAACAGAUGAUUAAGCAGAAGAACGCAAAUCGAACAUUGAAAAUUCUCCGAUUCCAAAUUCUAGUGUCGCCUCAGCCUAUGGCGGCUCCGCACCGCUCCCCUCGCUUCAUACGAUGAGGGUGACGUGCACAAUUUUCACGUAUUUUUCUUGCUUGGAGGGUACAUCCCCGCUUUGUCAGUGCUGGCCUCGUCGCGUGCUCGACGAUUCGGCGAACUUCAUGUACGACUAUUAUUACAACUACUACCACAUAUAAAACUGCUUCUGCCGCUACUACAAGGGGAGAAGUCCCCGUCGACAAUCCGGACGACGACGCGAUAUCGAUUAUCGUGGAAACAUUCACCAAGACGGAUUCAUUGAACGUCAGCCCAAACUUCGACAACUCAACACAAGAAGAUUCGUUAUUGAAUUCAUCAGCAGGACUUGGCCGACCUAGCAAAGAAGGGUUGUGCGGUGUGCUAUCUCCACGCCGUGUGCUCUCCGGUGGAAUUUAUCACUGACCAAUGACAAGUUGACAUUUCCGAGACGAACUGGGCCCAAAAUAAGCGAACCGCGGAGUAGAUCCAAUCCUUCGCUGCAUCCUAACGAAUCAAACGAUCCAGACACCAAAAUCAGCGAGACUGAAGUGAUAUACGAAAACGAUCGACUCACUCGUUCAGAGACCGAAUCGACUCCAAUGUGACUCUUUCACCGACGUAGAAUACUGAGUCGGUCCUUUGCUGGUCUCUCUCCGUCAGUAUUAUUCAGUCAUCUCUAGGACCUGAGAGCAUCCGAACGAAGCUGACGAAUCAUUUCUUCCCGAUCUCAAAAACUUUUUCUCCACCCGUCAUGGAAUAGAUCGACGAAGCCUCGGCCGUCUCGAACCAUACGGAACUUCCAACAAGAGCUUGCAGUAAUCGCAAGCCUUCCAAAAGUACCAACUCCCGAUUUGCCAUGGAAUGCCCAACAACACACUCUUCGAGAAUCCAGGGCUUGGCGUUGUCACUGUGAAUUUCACGAUUUUGCUCAUGUGUGCUUUGAGUUGAAUUCUCCUUCAAACUACCUAACUAUCCAGAAGAAUAUUUCAAGGAAGCAUUAAGAAUCAGGAUAGAGUCCUAGUGAGGGGUCAUCCGCCAAAUCAGAUGUGGCUUGUUCACUAGACAGCUCUCCCUCUUAAGUACACCGAAGUCUGAGGAAUCAUUUGCUGCUAUAAUACACACCAGUACGAAAAUCAUCCAGCUUGAGACAGAUAAAUGAACAGAUUAAACGAAAACGCGUCGUCAAACCGAA